GUACGCCGACUCCACUCCGCUCUGCGCGACACCUUCUGAGCGCCUCCUUCGACAUUCGUUUAUUCUUGUCAUCACGUUCGCAUUGAAGUGGUCGCACGCGCAUAAUUGCGGCCCUCGUCGCCGUCGUCCUUUCAUUCUUCGUCUUCGCCAACAGUGGUCUUCGUGCCACGUCCAUUCGUUCUUUUGUGAUCACGAUGCGGUCCUUUCUUGCUCCAGUCAUUCUUUGCGUCACCCUCGUCAACGCGGCGCCAGCACCACAACAGCCGGUCAAUGAUCUUCUAAACAGCGUUCAACAGAACACUGGCGCCGAACCAGCACCCGUCAGCGUGAACACUCAACACAGCGACCUUGAUUUGACGACACCAACACAAACCACCGCGGCGGCGCAACAGACAUUCACCGAGCCUUCAUCACCGACCUUCGUUUUUGUCGAGCCGACCACCACCGCUGCCACCACCGCUGCCACCACCGCGCCUGUAUCGCCGGCAGAGAACAUCGCAACAGCCGACCAUGCUGUCACGACUGCCAGUCCGACCUUUCAAUUUGCGCCGACUGACAGCGUGACCACUCCGAGCUCGCCGACGUUCACCUUUGCGGGGACCGAUGCUCCAACUGCCAGUGCUCCGACUGUCAGUGCUCCAGCAGUGACUGCCGCUGCAGUCAACGAGCCGACUGUCGAUCACGUACCUUCAGUGCCGACUACGACCGUCUUGCCCGACACUACCGCGCCUUCGUUCACCUACACUGGUACUGACAUUCCGACGACGAUUGCCAAUGAGAUCGCGACAACUGUUGCUACAGAGGUUCCAACAACCAUCGACACUGCUUCAAUUCAUGCCACUGCGACCGUGUCCGUCUCGGCCUCAGCAUCGGUGCAAGCGAGCGUUGAUACCACUGCGAUUACUGCGGCGACUGGUGCUGUCGCCGACACGCUCACUGCCGCGCAAGCGGUGACUACUGCAGCAGCAGCCACAUCGCCAUUCGCUUUUGUGCCAACCACCACGGAGGCAGCGACAUCUACUGCGGUGCCAAUUGUCCCGGUUGUUGCUGGGACCGCGGCGCACGAGACGAUUGUGCCCACAGCUGUCGUGCCCACAGCUGCCGUGCCCACGAUUGCCGCUACAACACCGCUUGUCGUUCCUACUGUCCAGCCAACCCUCGCCGGUGAGGGCAGCGCUCAGCCAACUGUCCCAACUUCUGCAGCUUCCAUCAACAUCGCUCCUGUUGCGCCCGUCACCACAGCAGCAGGUACAGUCGUCGCGGACCACACAGCUGCUCCGUCGAACUUUGUGAUUGGAAGCCAGACUGUGUCCGUUGGUCAGGCCAUCAACAUUGGUAGCACCCUAGCGAUGAUUCAGACCACUGGCGGCAAGACCGAGCUCUGGAUCGGUGACAAGACCAGCGAUCUCAAAUCGUUGAAUUCUCAUUUCUUCCUAUCUAAGCUGUCAGCCAAAUUUUGGCAGGAACCUCUUGGAAAAGGACAAGAACAAAAUGGUGAGAUGUCAUCAUUGUUGGCAGAAAUUUCGACGAUCCCCAUGUUGUAUCUAAACCCAGACCGAGAUAUCCUUUUUCUUAAUUCUAAUCUUGCAUAUCGCUUCGAGAAAUUCGCCUCAGUUACACUUCGAUUUUGUCUUUGUGCCAGACAUGAAGCAGCAGGGCUAACCGAGUGUAAUUUUUCAUGUGUGCGUCUGACAGAAGACGGCUGAGAGAUUGUGUGAGCGUGGCAGUGAUCACGACGAUACGUGCUAUUGUGUGAGGAUGAGAAAUGUGUCGAUACAACAGUGACACCUUGUUCGUCGAGGCACUGAUAUCCUGUAGGGCAUUAGGCGGAGCGUGAAGCUCCCGACUACACCUGGGCAGACUAGGAUUAGGCGAAUUGUUUCUGUCGAUAAGUGCAGCUGUGGAACUCGGUAAAUUUCACGCUGUGACGAGAUCAAACAUGCAGCGAGUGAGAGUGACCAUUACGCAGGCAUAAAAGGAGAU